AUGAUAGAAGGAUGUGAUAUAAAUGGAACUUCUAAUGGAUUUCAAGAUCUCGAAGAAUGCAAAUGUUUAGCUAAAAUGUGCCCAAUUAUUUAUAAUCAUUCAAGACAAUUAAUGGAGGAUUGUUAUUUGGAAAAGUGCUUUUUGUCAAAAAGAGCACUUGAUGAUUAUGCAUUGUACAGGGUAAGUUAUUUGAAAAUUUAUUUAGGAUAUGAAAUUGUUAAGAAGCCUGAGAAGGUUCCAGAAAAAAAAACUAUCAAAACUCGGUGGGGAAAAUAAAAAGUCGGUCUCUAAAAAUUCAGAACAUUUGAAAAAGGCCUUUCAACAAUUUUUAUGGUUCAGAAUAUUACAAAAGUUCAUGAAAAAUGUUAAUUUCCAAUUUAAAUGCCUACAGAAUUUUUCAUUUUUGAUAAAAAACAAUAAUCUUUUUAUCCACAUUCUCUUUUCUCGAUUUUCUGAUCUAUUUUUGUUGACAGUCCCAAAAUUUCUGUUCUUCAAGUACAAAAGAUAAUCCGAAACAAUUUUGGAAAAAUAAACUUCAAAGUUUUUUUUUCCAAAAUUGUUUUGAUGAUCAACAAAAAACUAUGUGUGUCCCACACAAAUUUCCGAGUCUAAAAAUAAACGGGUCUUCAUCAGUAGCGAGAAAAAGCGGACGAAUAAAUAAAUAAAUAAGACAAUGUGUGAUUUUUGAAGCGGAAGAGAAUAAAAAUAAAAAUAAGAGACAAAAAUGAGAUGAGACCAUAAAUAAAUACUUUGGGGAAAAAAUCAAAUACAUUUUAAAUAUUUCAGGUGACAGCACUGUAUGUUAUGAUAUUUUUUGUUGGUGUCAUUGGAAAUAUCACAACUUGUUUGGUUAUGAAACGACAUCCAAUGAUGAAAACUCAUGCAAGGUAAAUUCAGAAAUAAAAUAGAAAAAAUGAAAAAAUGAAAAAAAAGAUAAUAAUAAUAUAAUAUGAGUAAUAAUAAUAAUAAGAAAAUAAUAUGGAAAUUGAUACAAAUAAAACAUUUGUAUUUAGAAUAAAUUAAUUGAAUCAGAAAAUACAGGGAGCAAAAAUCAAAACAUGGCUAGAAAUUGAUAUUUUGAAAAACAACAUAAGGAGUAGACUUUUAGAAAUUCAUCAGAACUUUGUUGUGAUUUAUUGAAAACAGUUUCAGAAGUUAAUACAGUCAACCGAAAACUUGAGUUCAAGAGCUUUUGACAUUUGAAAAAAAUCUAUGACUAUUUCCAGUAUGUACCUCCUCAACCUAGCAAUUUCGGACUUGGUGACUUUAUUCGUCGGCCUUCCUUUCGAAAUCUUUAUGAACUGGCAUCAAUAUCCCUGGCCUCUACCAGAUUUUGCAUGCAAUUUGAAAGCCCUGAUUGCUGAAACCACAUCAUCCGUCUCAAUUUUGACUAUCCUGAUUUUUGCUAUCGAACGAUAUGUCGCAAUUUGUCACCCCCUAUUUCUUAUGAAAACUCAGCCUUUUAAAAGAAAUGUCGGUUUCUUUGCAAAUUUUGACACAAAAAGAAACGGAUAAUUUUUGUAGAUUGGAACAAUAAUCGGGUUCACUUGGGUAUUUUCAAUUUUGUGUGCAAUGCCUUUUGCUGUUCAUCAUCGAGCUGAUUAUUUCAUUAAAAGUUGGCCUGAGACAAAUAAUAAUGAGCCUAUUUUAUCUUCAAAAUUAUGUAUGAUUGCUGUCAUUUUUGAACCGCAUCUUAUGCCUACAUUUAAGGUAAAUCAGAUUUUGAAAAUAGUAACGAAAUGAGAAAAUUGAUGUGACUUUUACAGGCUCUAUUUCAUUUCUCGGCUCUCACAUUUUUUGUAAUUCCACUUUUAACAAUCCUAAUUCUCUACGCACGAAUAUCAUUCAAAGUGUCAAGAACAAGAGUUCAUCAGAAACGUGAAUUCGAUAUCACUGAUGAGUUGCUAAGCAGAAUAAAUGCAAUUUUGUGUAGGUUUUCGGGAGGAGGAAGAAAAAUCAAAAUAAGAGUAAUAACAAAACAAAAAAAUACAUCCUGAAACCUGAGAUGUGUUUUUUUAUAUCUUUAUUUUUCAUUGUCAGUGACAAUAAAUAAAUAAAUAGGGUUUGACUUUUCAGGCGCAAUAGUUCUGGCAUUUUUCAUAUGCUACUUACCUUUUCAACUUCAAAGACUUGCAUUUUUCUAUUUUCCGAAUGAAGUAAUUUUGCAAUUCAAUCAAUAUAUUUUCUUCAUAUCAGGUAAGAUAUUCAACAAACACGUUGUUGGCUCAAACUAUUUUUUAUUUUAGGAUUCUUAUUUUACCUUGCCCCAGUCAUAAAUCCAAUUGUCUAUAAUUUGGCAUCAAGUCGAUUUCGAAGAGCUUCAAAAGAUGUGAUUAUCUCAUUCUUCUUCCGAACAUCUAUAGAUUAUCCAAGAACUUCAUUGAGCAAAUAUAGCUUGUAAGUUUUUUUUGUGAACUAAAAAAAUGAGCAUAAUUAUUGUUGCAGAACACAUCAACCUUUGCGGCCAGUUCAAUCUCAACGACUCAAGAAUUGCGAGGAAAAUGGAUAA